AACUUCGAAUCGUACACACAAAUACAAUGUUAAAACUAUCUGCAUAGUGCUUUAUUUACGUAUAUUGUAAUCAAUUGGAACUUCUGUUUAGUGCAUCCAUCAGGAAAUUGAGAAAAUGGAAAGUGAAAUAACUUCAUCGAAUAUUCUUUCAACAGCAAUACAAGAGGACGAGGGAAUUAUUGCUUUGGAUGUCUCUAGUAAUGUCCUAGUAGAUUCUGUUACAGCAAUGCCUCAAACAGCUAUAGCACCUGAGUUGAUUAUUUCUGAUGUCACCAAUAAUGAUGAUGAAGAGCCAACAAAGCUUACUCUAGCAUAUGAAAGGUUAAAUGAAAUCCCAAGAACAAUUGUUGAAAAGUUUUCAAAUUACAUACAGUAUUUAGAUAUAAGUCACAAUAAAAUUACCAAUUUGGAUCCAAUAGUACACUUCAAACAUUUAACAUCUUUGAUAGCUGAUGACAAUCUGAUCAAUGAGAAUUGUAUUUUGCCACCGAUGCCCAAAUUACAAUUAAUAUGGUUAAAUUAUUGUAAAAUCGCUUCACUUUAUCCUUGGGUGGGUAAGUUAAAGGAGUCAUGUCCGAACCUACAGUAUUUAUCACUGAUGGGGAACCCGGCAGCACCAAGCUAUUUUAAUGGAGGGACGUUUUACGAAUAUCUCCAGUACAGACUGUUCGUGAUAUCGCAGUUCCCAUCCCUCUACCACCUCGAUGACAGAAAGGUCACAGAUGAUCAGAGGGAUGAAUCACACAGACUGUACAAGAGGCCGCUCCUGGAGAGAAUUACUCGGCCCAGCUCCGGCGGGGUUCCCAGCAUCAUGAACACUUCUAUUACGUGGAGCUCGUUCCAAAAUAAACUGGCGUCUCUUUGGAGUCGAGACAAACAGAGCAAUAGGAAUCUGUUGAUAUAAUAUCUACAAACUUACGAAAUCAAGGCUCGAAUGAUAGAAACUUUAGAGAGGACUUGAUGACUAUGCAUACAUAAUAUCUUACAUCUUAUCAUAUCUAUACCAGAUUGAUAUUAUUGCUUAUAUCAUUCAAAUUCAAAUAUUUUUAUUCAAAAUAGGAUAAUAAAACACUUUAUUAAAGUCAAAAACUACCACCCAUUCCAAAAGGUAUGCCUCAGACCUGAGAAGAAUGGGCGCAACGAACACAUCGGGCUUCUUUUUUAUAUAAAAAUAUGGUUACAAUGUUAAAUCGUACAAUAGUAUGUAUUAUUUAAUAGCCUGAGGGCAGUUGCUCUAUUCCCAAGUCAUUUAUGCUAUUUUACCUUUACCACAAAAACGUUUCUUAACAAUUCUUUUGAAUUUCGUAAUACUUUUGUUUUAAAAUAAAAAAUAAAAAAAAAUAAAAUUCAUUUAAUUCAGACUUUAUUUGAUUGUUUUGAACAUCUUCUGGGAUCUUGUUGUAUAAGCAUAUAUACAUCGCCCCACAAAAGACUUACUUACUCGACUUAGCCUAGUAGUAGGCAUAAUAAGUUUUAUGUCUGUUCCUGGUGUUAACAUUAUGAUUAUGACAGUUGCUAGUGCAAAUUUACUUAUGUGCCUAUGAACAUACAUUAUAUUAUCGAGAUUAUAUUGAGAAGCAACAGUCAAAAUGUUUAUUUCUCUAAAUAUUUGAAUGAUUCUUUAGGACCUAAGGUUAUAAAUAGCAUUGCAAUCAAUAUUGAUUUCUGUUCUCAAUCUACACAGAUGCGAUUUUAUAGUAAUAUUAUUGUAAUAAAGACUUUAAUUAAUUGUUACGGGACAUUAUUUGUAUAUAUAAUUUAUACACGCUAAACAUACAUUUCUGCAUAUCGCAUACCUGAAAUAUUUACUUGUGUAUACGCAAUUAUUGCAUUUUAAUUAUAUGAACUUGAAAAAUACUUACAGUGAUUUAAAAAUAUUUUUGUUUAAAUACUAGCUGACCCGACAGACGUAGUUCUGUUCAUUAUAAAAAAAAAAAAAAAAAUUUCGUAAAUUAGCUGACUGAUUAUUUCUUACAAAUUUCAAGUCUCUCUCGGCUUUAUGGUUCGGGAGAUAUUGUGAUGAGUCGAUACAUAGGUGGAAAUCUCUUUUAUUUAUUAAACAUCAACAAUGAAAGAAUCAAAGAAAAUUGUUUUGUUCAAAAACAACUUGUCAAUGUAAUGCCAAAUAAUGUAUAAUCCCACUUGUUACGUUUCAUUUAUUUUAUCAAAUAAAUCCACUUAUCACUUCUAGUAUAGCCAUAAAGAUACUUUUAUAACAGUUGCAUUUUAUCGCAGCGAUAUUGCGAUAAUACAUUCCUUGUAGUAAAAUAGAAGUAUUUUAUUAUUAUAGUAAAUCACUUCUACAUCGAUAUUGAGUAAAACAAACUGACCAAUGUACAUUAAUGUCACUAAGCCUUAACCAAUCAGCGUACUGUCAAAAUAUUGACGUUUAAGAAUCAACCAAUCAGCAUGUGACAUAUCAUGUCAUACAUUCAGCAAUUUUAUUUUAUGUAGUUGAGAAUACAAUAUAUUGAUAUUUAACUAUUGUUAUAAAAAAAAAUAACAUAAAAACAACCGACUUCAAAAGCACUAUUCCAAAACAAUAGAUAUACUACCUAUGCACUAAAAAGUAUAAAAUAAAUUGCGUAUGUUUAUACAAUCUAAUUACAUAAUCUAAUUCUAGUAACCAUUAUUGUUAUCUUAGGAAUCGGUGUCCCUUCCGCCGCGGCCCCGCUCUCGCCUCUCGCCUCCUCACAUCGCACGUGUGACUCAAGCACUUCUCACCUAUAACUAUGUAUGUAGUUACAAACCUACAUUGGCUGACACCGACUCCAAAAAUAACAAUAAUCGUUACUAGAAUUAGAUUAAUUAAUUAGAUUGUAUAAACAUAGAAUUAUCAAAAUCGGUUAUGCCAGUCGCAAGUUCUUAGGUAACAAACGUAAAAAAAACAUACCGACUAAUAAUUGAAAACCUCCUCCUUUUUUGAAGUCGGUUAAAAAUACUGAUAUAUAAAUGACCAAUAAAUGUUGUAAGGAACCUAUGGAACUUAUUUUUCCAGCUUUACUCUGAGUAUCGAUUUUACAUUUUUUUAUAUAGGUAGGUUAAUUAGAGGAGCAAAUAGUCAAGCGGCUGAUCUGAAAUAUUACUUAAUAAUCUCCAUUUCAGGAUUGCGGUUGAAUAAAAAUUCGGCCGUAAGACGUGAACCAAAUAUUGUCAGUGUACUUAGAUCAUUAAUAUAAAGACUAUGACAGCUGUGAAAACAUCGAAAAAAAAAUUGAGUUAAGAAUUAAGGUCUAUUUUGAGCAAUUCACGCACACUAAAGUAUUAUUAGUGGUCUUUUUUUAUCGGUUGUCUUACAGCAAGAGACUCUAUCUAGACGUUUAAUUAUUAAAGUAAAGUAAGCUCUCUGUCGACUAUUGCGAUAUGUUAUAAUGUGUUUCAUAAUAUUUUAAUUACGUUGGUUACUCUUAUACAUGUUAAGUACCUCAUUGUAAUAUCACUGUAAUCUGUUUAUCAUAGUACCUACCUAUUAUAAAUAUUCAAUUUUGAAAAUAUAUGUAUAUUUAAA